UGCAGUCAGCCAAAGGUAGACUCCUGAGGCAGUCCACAGUCAUCCUAAACGCAGUCUUUCUCAGGAGGAACGCGGCCGAUCCACUGCAGCCGGAGUGUAGCAAAGCGAAGCAAUCGUCAUACUUUCAUUUUGACAGCUCUGGUCCAUUAACUGUCAGAUUCUAUGGCUGAGUGGACUCGGUCUCUGCCAAGGAAAUUGGAUAUCUGGAUUAGUUUAAUGUAUUUUUUUAUGACAUGUUGAUUCUUAUGCACCAUUGACCAAUGGCUUCAAAUGAUCUGGUCUUCAAACUCUACAAGAUAUCACAGAAACAACAACUAGAGAACGAAAUAUUUCGGGCUCGCACAGCAUGGUUAUAUAACACCUCGCCCGGGACCUUCAAUAGAAAGAGGCCCGAAUCGCCAUCACUGGAACUUUCCGGCCAGGCGGUCCCAUUACGCCAUGCUGAUCAGAAAAACGAUGAUUACGUCAUGCGAUGGUCGUGGGCGCGGACGCAGGAUGACUACUAUAGCCGGAGUAGGCCGCCGAGUAGGGCGAUGUCAGCGCCCCCUAUCAGGGAAUUGCUGAUGACAACUCCUGCUCCAUCGGUUAAGCAGAGCAAGGACAAUCGCACCGGUCGUCAACGGCCCCAAUCGGCCAGACCUGCCUGGACACCAACGAGGAGAAACAUACCUAGGCCAAAAAGCAGUCGCUCUGACCUCAGCCAUUCAAGCAUGACCUUCGAUGCCAUUAAGGACGUUUUGGUUUCCGAAGGGAUGGGCGACGACGUCAGCAGCCACUACGCGUCACGUGCCAACACGUGGCCAGAUGAUGAGACGACAGCUUCGAAUGCGCACGCUCAGCAGAGGACACCAUCUACUCAUACGCAUGCGCAGCAAACGACACUACUAUCACCCCGGCAGAUGGCGCAACCAGAAAGAGAUGAUCAGGACGCACAUCUGGAUACAGGUAAGGCGUCAGUAAGUCGCGGGUCCGACCGCCUACCAAAACCAGAGAUUGAUUUAGCCUGGUUAAGUGCACGGUUUAAGGAAAUACGAGAAACGGAGGGAUUAUCGGAAAGACCAAAAAGUAGUCCUCUCUUCAGAAGAAAGGAGACCCACGAACAGUCCUCCUUCCAUGAUCACCGGCAAUGUUGCUGUGACCUUGACAGCCGAAGGUCGCAGCGAGUUCAGAGGUCAAGGCCUUGGACGAUAGGAAUGAUCUCAACGGAGGGUAUUGAAGACCCGACGACCCAGAUGGUGUUCCGGUCAGAGAUUGAAAGGACGCGAUGGAAGUCGGAGCAGACGAUGGAGAAAUCGCUUACGGGGCCGGAUACGCCCUCGCCAAGAUUGGUGCUGAUGUCCUCAAACAUUAAGAAAGUGGAUUUACUCGUAGAUGCAAUCAAAAAGGAGGACGAUAUUCUGGUGAUAACUUACGAUUUUGAAACGUGGGAUUUCGAUCGAUUAUUAGAGGAAAUCAGAAAGAAAUUAGAAGAAUAUCGGCCCGGUUGUCGGGCGAAAUCUAUACUGUUAUACUGCCAAGGUGGACCAGGGUUCUUGUAUCUGCUGAGGAACCGAGUCUUAACGCCACAGAAGUUGGUCAGGAGGGAUCAACCUGCCAUGAAAAGUUUCUUCAACAAACUCGGUGGUUGCAUGAGCAAACUAAAUCCAGCGCAGACAGUCAUCUACGUUUUAGGUUGCUUUUUCUUAGGAAACAAACAAGGUUAUAAGGUCUUUGAAGAACUCCACAAGACGAUGCUACCAAACAGUGUGCGCUUUGAGUCGCCUCCAGAAUUAUCAGUUGAAGGCCGGGAAGUUGUGCAGACUUAUUUUGACAUCCGUCGUUACAAACUUUGGCGGCUGAUGCGCCAGGCUCACUUCUCUAAUGCGGAAUGGUUCAAGGAACUACAGUGUAAAGUGCCGGAAGCGCUAAGAGAACACAAGGAGGAACAGAGAGUAGAUGCGGCGGACUUAGAAAUCGACCAUGAUGAUGAAAAUGGGCAGCCGUCAGGAAAACAAGCCAGUGACCCAAGUGUUAAUAAUUAAAACCUUUUGUGAUGCUAUCGCACUUAUUGGGUGGGGUGGGUCGACUCGCACUUAUACUUGA